AACAUCAAUAGGGGUGGUCGGUAGCAGCAACGGCAUCACGGUGCGAAUUAAACCCACAGAAUACACGUGGCAACUUCUCAUAAGCUCACUACUUUGUUUUUCCCUUCAUGCUUCCAAUUCUACCCCUCUUACCUUUCCUCAACGGAUUCGCCAACGCUAAUCUAGCAAUCUUUCGUUCGUGAGAAAGAUUCACGGAACUAACUAAGACGAAACGAGAAGCAGAUAAGACCAAGUCGUUUAUACUUUAUAUAGCCGGAAUCUUUCUCCGAUCGCGCCGGAAGCUCCGUUUUUAAGCUUCGUCGGAGAAUCGCCGAUCUUCCUUUUGUUUUCUUCUUUCUAUUACUUCAGACUCGUCGGUAACCGGAGAUGGUGAAUUCUAUGGUGGAACGCGCCACGAGCGACAUGCUCAUCGGACCCGAUUGGGCCAUGAACAUCGAGAUCUGUGACAUGCUCAAUCGUGACCCUGGGCAAGCAAAGGAUAUUGUUAAAGGUAUAAAGAAGCGGAUUGGAAGUAAAAACUCAAAAGUCCAGCUACUUGCUCUAACUUUACUGGAGACAAUCAUAAAGAACUGCGGAGACAUUGUUCACAUGCAUGUUGCAGAGAAAGAUGUGCUUCAUGAGAUGGUGAAAAUAGCAAAGAAGAAGCCUGAUUUUCAUGUCAAAGAGAAGAUACUGAUUCUUGUAGAUACAUGGCAAGAAGCCUUUGGAGGUCCCCGAUCAAGAUAUCCGCAGUAUUAUGCUGCAUACCAGGAACUGCUGCGUGCUGGGGCAGUAUUUCCCCAGAGAUCUGAGCAAUCUGCACCGGUGUUCACACCUCCACAAACACAGCCAUUAGCAUCAUACCCUCCAAACAUACGUGACUCUGAUACUCGGCAGGACACAGCUGGUUCCUCUGCAGAGUCCGAGUUCCCAACAUUAACUCUGACCGAAAUUCAGAAUGCACGGGGUAUUAUGGAUGUUCUCUCAGAAAUGCUAAAUGCAUUAGACCCUAGUAAUAAAGAAGGUCUUAGGCAGGAGGUUAUUGUUGACUUGGUGGAGCAGUGUCGAACAUACAAACAGAGAGUGGUACACCUUGUUAACUCAACUUCUGAUGAAUCACUGCUUUGCCAAGGACUAGCUCUGAAUGAUGAUCUGCAGCGUGUACUUGCCAAGCAUGAAUCUAUUUUGUCAGGAACUCCUACUCAGAAUCAAAAACCCCCAGAGAAUUCAAAGCCUGCAACUGCUGGAGCACUUCUAGAUGUUGAUGCUCCUUUGGUUGAUACUGGAAAUUCUAGCAAACAAAUUGAUAGAAGCUCCCCUCCUAGUGCUGAAGCAGGAUCCUCAACAUUGAAUCAGUUAUUGCUUCCUGCACCCCCCACAGCCAAUGGUUCAACCAUCCCUGCCAAGGUUGAUCCCAAAUUCGACCUGCUCAGUGGUGAUGACUAUGCCUCACCAAAAGCAGAUACUUCACUUGCUCUUGUUUCUCUUGGAGAACAACAGCCUGCUACUCCUGUGAAUCAGCAGAACGCCCUUGUUCCUUUUGAUGUAUUUUCUAAUGGUAAUAAUGCAGCAGCUACACCUGUCAGUACUCAGCUAAACCAGCCACCUAAUUUUGCUGGCCAAACGAGUCAGAUUCCUACCCAAUUUCAACAACAGCAGAGUUUUGUAUCUCAAGGUGGAUUUUACCCCCAAGGAAGUGCACCAAACGCAGGGUCACCUCAGUAUGAGCAGUCACUUUAUACACAAAGUUCAGGUCCCGCCUGGAAUGGUCAGGUUGCACAGCAGCCACAGCCAUCUUCGCCUGUUUAUGGCACACAAAACACUGGAUCACUGCCGCCCCCUCCCUGGGAAGCUCAAGCGGCAGAUAAUGGCAGUCCAGCUGCAAGCACUCCAUUUCCGCAACCACCACAAGUUAGUCAAGUGAUGAUGACAAAUGGCGCCGCAAAUUCUCAGGGCCCUCAAACAAUGGGCAAUGGCCAGGUUGCUGGAAUAUAUAUGCAGCCAACUGCCAACAGUUAUACGCCAGCAAUCAAUAACCAUGUUGGUCAACACAAUCAAUUCGGCAUGCAUCCUCAACAUAUUCAAGGCAUGGCAGGGCCCUACAUGGGUGGUAUGAUGCCAAAUCAAAUGCAAGCUGGUCCAGUGGCUUCCAUGUAUCCUCAACAAAUGUACGGUAAUCAAUUUAUGGGAUAUGGCUACGGUCAGCAACAAGGAGUUCCAUAUAUUGAGCAGCAAAUGUAUGGUUUAUCUGUUAGAGAUGAUGGUGGUUUAAGAAGCUCUUACCAGUCUUCUACUAUAUCUUAUGCUCCAUCUGGGAAGCCUUCCAAGCCAGAAGAUAAGCUAUUUGGUGACCUUGUUGACAUGGCAAAGGUGAAGCCAAAACCUGCUCCAGGUCGAGCUGGUAGCAUGUAAAAACUAUGACUGG